CUUGAAGGCAACAUUCUACGUCGCCUACGCUUCUAACGACUCGCGCAAGAGCCGGGGCUCCGCCCACCCUCCGCGCGGAGCAGAGGCGUUUGAGUAGAGACGCACACAGCGGAGUUCGGUCCAUCUCUGCUCGCAGCUAGCUAACCCCGCAGCAAGGCCACUGCGGGAAGAUGGCGACGGAAAAACUGAAAAAUGAAGGAAGAGUGAAAAUUGGACAUUACAUUCUCGGAGAUACACUCGGUGUGGGGACGUUUGGAAAAGUUAAAGUUGGCCAACAUGAGCUGACCAAGCACCAAGUGGCCGUGAAGAUCUUGAACAGGCAGAAGAUCCGCAGUUUGGACGUGGUGGGAAAGAUCCGCAGGGAGAUCCAGAACCUCAAGCUUUUCAGGCAUCCUCACAUAAUUAAACUGUAUCAGGUUAUUAGCACCCCUACAGAUAUCUUUAUGGUGAUGGAGUAUGUCUCAGGAGGCGAGCUAUUCGACUAUAUCUGCAAAAAUGGAAAGUUGGAUGAAAAGGAGAGUCGUCGGCUGUUCCAGCAGAUUAUUUCAGCGGUAGACUACUGCCACAGACACAUGGUGGUGCACCGAGACCUCAAGCCUGAAAAUGUGCUGCUUGAUGCACACAUGAAUGCCAAGAUUGCAGACUUCGGAUUAUCAAACAUGAUGUCAGACGGAGAGUUCCUACGAACGAGCUGUGGUUCUCCAAACUAUGCUGCUCCUGAGGUCAUCUCAGGAAGGCUAUAUGCUGGUCCAGAGGUAGACAUCUGGAGCAGUGGGGUCAUUCUCUAUGCCUUGUUGUGUGGGACGCUUCCCUUUGAUGAUGACCACGUGCCAACACUCUUUAAGAAGAUCUGCGACGGAAUCUUUUUCACCCCGCAGUAUCUGAACCCUUCGGUAAUAAGCCUCCUUAAACACAUGCUGCAGGUGGACCCCAUGAAAAGAGCCACCAUCAAAGAGAUCCGAGAGGAUGAGUGGUUCAAACAGGGCCUACCAAAGUACUUGUUUCCUGAGGACCCCUCCUACAGCAACAACAUGAUUGACGACGAGGCCCUCAAAGAGGUAUGUGAGAAGUUUGAGUGCGCAGAGGAGGAGGUCCUGACCUGCAUAUACAGUCGCAACCACCAGGAUCCAUUGGCCGUCGCCUACCAUCUCAUCAUUGACAAUCGUCGCAUCAUGAAUGAAGCCAAGGACUUUUACCUGGCGUCCAGCCCUCCCGACUCUUUUCUAGAUGACCAGCACCUGAGCUCGUCCGGCGGAGCUGUGUCUGGCAUCAUCAAGCCCCACCCUGAGCGCGUACCCUUCCUGUUGGCGGAGACUCCACCCAGGCCUCGCCACACGCUGGACGAAUUGAACCCCCAGAAGUCCAAGCACCAGGGUGUUAGAAGGGCCAAGUGGCACCUAGGUAUCCGGAGUCAGAGUAGACCCAAUGAUAUCAUGUCAGAAGUGUGCCGUGCCAUGAAACAGCUGGAUUAUGAGUGGAAGGUUGUGAAUCCUUAUUAUCUGCGUGUGAGAAGGAAGAAUCCUAUUACUGGGAUGCAAACCAAGAUGAGCCUUCAACUCUACCAGGUGGACAGUAGAACCUACCUCCUCGACUUCCGUAGCAUAGACGACGAUAUGUUGGAGACGAAAUCUGGAACUGCUACCCCUCUCCGAUCCGGGUCCGUGGGCAACUACCGCACCACUAUUAAGAACGAUGUCGACGGGGCAGAUGCUCCAGCCACGUCUAGCACUGUGCUCCCCACCAAGGCCGCAGAAGGCUCCUUAGCGUCAUCGUUGACCUCGUCCAUCGAAUCAACGGGAGGGGCGGACACCGCGACCGUCCCUCGACCGGGAAGCCACACCAUCGAGUUCUUUGAGAUGUGUGCGAAUCUUAUUAAAUUACUUGCACGAUAGCUUGCAAAACAAUCGCUAGCCUUUUUUCCUCUCCGAGUGUCUUUAUAGCAAUAAGCAUGCAAACUGAUUCAUGGCUCAAUUCAUCCCAGCUGAGGAUGAGCUGAUUGUUCCAUGGCACUGACGCAGGUUAGUGUUCCCUAAGUGGACAGGAUGUGUACUGAGCUGACAGGAACUGUAAAGGGUUAUUUGGAAAGAUGAAAGAUGGGCUACCUAAUAGCAAGGACAGAACAACAUUUAGAAAGGGGGUUUUACAACUCCCUGAUCAAUUUAAUGGUAAAUAUCCACAUCCCACCUAUACAUAUAUACGCAAGUGAUUACACUGAAUUUUCUGUACUGUAGCCAGUGAGCACUGCUUUCCCAGUACAGAGAACAAGAUCAAGUUUUUGCCUGCAGAGAAGGAAGCCACAUGUUGAGGGGUUGGGUGUCCGGGUGGCAUAUAGGGUGCAGGUAGCACUUUUGCACAAGUUUCUUUUAUUUCUCGCUGCUCUUGUUUUUGUUUUCUUUCUCUGUGGGGAACAGAGAAGCGGUGCAGAUGUAUCGGGGCUCUGCACCGGCUAUAACAAGGGUCGUCAUGUCCAUCACAGUCAUUGGACUCUGAAGAAGUGCAAUGAGCCCUUUAUUUCUGUCUUGUGUCGGGGACAAAAGAAUGCUUCAUCACAUUUAUGUUAGCUUUUCUUUCUUUUUUUGUAAAUUUGAGUUGUCGGCGACUAAAUUUUCAUGAUUUGUGUCCUUGUUGUAAAAAAAAGUUUGAAUUUGUCUGUCCCCUACAUUUUUAUAUAUAAAGACAUGAAUAUAUUUAUCAGUGGAUGGAGUGUUGGUUCUAUUGGAAAUGGAAUUUUGGGUUGCUUUUUGUUUGUUGCAUCAAGAUCUAUUGCUGGAUGGUAUAUAUUUUCCUUUUUUACCGACUGGUUUUUAAAUCAAUAUCACAGCUUUGUUUCCUUCAAUCACAAUUAUUCUGAUACUUGAUUGUCUCUCCAGAUAAAUAUAGCCUGCUUUUACCAUUUAAGAGGUAUUUUGCCAUGACAGUCAAAAUCUAGAAAUAUAUCAUUUUCAGUGUCUCAUAUUAAAAUGACACGGUGGUUUUGACUUUUUGUUGUAUUUUCUCUUUCUUUUUUAAUUUUAGAUUAAUAAUUAGGAUUGGAGUACGAUCACUGAAUGAAAUGCCUUUUGUCUACAUCCAAUUUGUAAAUGCCAACCCAUCAAAAGUGCAAAGGCCUCGGGGCUCAAAUUGAGUAGUAGCAGUUACAUGCAGUGCAUGGACGAUGUCUGUUGGCAGGUGAAUCCAUCCAGAAUAUUAUCAUUUGGGGUUUUUUUAUUUUGCCCACACAUUCCCUUUUACAUACUUAACCCUGAAACAAACCUGUCAUGCUGGAUAGAUUGCAGUUCUUGUAGAAGGAAAAAAAAUCACGCAAACAUUAAGAUCUUAAACGGUGUUGGGGAUUUAUAUUUGAUAAAGAAAAAUAUCGGACAAAAUAUACUUGCAAGCUCACAGUCUUGGAUAUAUACGUCUUUAAUCACAAGUGUGAUGCAUCUCCCUCCAUUUCCUGUCCACAGUCUUAAAGGUUUAAGCGGUGUCUGUUUGGCUGCCUUAUCAUUAUCAAUACUGUUAUGUAAAAGGAGGAAUCCAGUGCCGAUCAAAAUUAUUGGCACUUUUUUGGGAAUUUCAAGUGUUUGAAGUCCACGCAUUAUUUUGUCAGUGUUGUUAAUUCACAACUACUGUUAACAAUUCACAGAUUACUUUUGCAUUACCCAAAAAAUUUUGCAAAACAAAGAAAAUUCUUAAAUGCAAAACGUAAAAUAAACCUCUGUAACUGCUAACACGUUUUAAUUAAUAGAGGGAAAACAAAGCGAACUUGAACUGGUUUCUCAUCAAUCAUCAUUUUUGUCUUAAGUCAAUUGAACCGGGGUUUAGUGAACUUUGCGUCGUAAUAUCAGUCUCUUAAAAAAAAGUUUGACUUUAUUUGUGUUAAGAGGUGUUAGCAGUUGCUCAAGGCUGUUUCUUGAGUUUAGCUCUACGGCUUUAAAAAUCUAAAAUCUGAAAAUGAUGAUGGAACAAAAAUUGCCAAGAGUGACAAUACUUGUUUCUCUUGCUGGUUUGGACUGAAAUAAUUAGUUAAUAUUUCACCUUUUUAUGUCUGUUUUAAACUAGACUUUAUGAAAUAAACUGAUCAUGGUGAAGAAACAAACUAUGGUCUUGGGAUGAUAUUGUAAAACUAAACAAUUUUAGUUUUAUAGGGCAGUUGAGGUUUUGAUUAUUAAAACUUCUCAAGGGAUUUGUAGGAAAGAUGAAUGUGUGAAACCGUGACCUUUUUGACAGUUUAUGGAGUCGUGUCCUGACGAUAAGUUCUGCCAGUCUAUGUGUUCGGACUGCUUCAAAUAAAUAGUGUUCUAUUUUUGUUUGUUGUGUAAAGGGACCCUACCAGAUUGGCAAGUGUAAAUCUGAAUGGACAGUGUUGAAAUCAUUUGUAUACACAACUGCCUAAUAAACCGCUAAAUUUCA